GCGGAACGUGCAAACUUAACCGCUGCGCCAUGGGGCCGGCCUCAAGGAGUUUAGAUUCUUGUGGGAAAAGUGAGAACACUAAUUACAAGUGUUAGUUACAGCCUCAAAAUAAGUGCUGUAAUGAAAGAGGGAGGGGGGUUGGACAGACAGACCAUCCUAGGGAAGGCCUCUGGAGACGGGAUGUGUGAGACCUGAAACGAGGAGCCAGUCAAGCAGUGAGAUGACGACAGAGUUCCAACUCAGAAAACUGUGCAGAGGCGUGUGGCAGGUCCUACAGGGUCCUGUCAGACGUGGGGAGGAGUUUGGGGUUUGAGUCCAAGUGCGGGGGAGGGUUUUAAGCAAGGGCCUGAUGUCACCUGACUUGUGAUCUACUGUUUUGUCUGGCUGCUUUUUCUGGAGGGCUGGCAAGAAAGUUAGGAAACUGGUUAAAGUGGUGUCAUCCAGUUGACGGGCAAGUGGCUUAGAACACCAGCGGUAGUGGGGCUGCAAAAAAUGAGCUGACUCGAGGGUGGUCAAAUCCAUCCAGAUCUUGGGAGGGAAAUACACGAUCCAUAUUGAGAGAAAUACAAGGUAUUUUGAAGGCAGAGCAGAGUGUAGGUGGGGCUGCAUGUGAGUGAGGUGAGGGACCAAAGAACCAGAGCUCACUUUCAGGGCUGCCCUGGCUCCAGCCUUCACAGCGCUUGGUACGGUUUGUGGGUCAUCACCCCUACUCCACCCCAAACUGUAAGCUCCAUUAGGAUAGGGACCCACCUCUUUUUGCUCCUCAAUGUUUUUGGCACCUAGUUCGGAGUCUGCACUUUGAAGUGGGAUUAACCAUAGGUUUGAAGGAGGAAAUCAAACAGCUCAGAUAUUUGUCAAAUGUUGCAGUCUUCUGAAAAGAGGAAAUGCCCCGGACACACCCCCCCAGUCUAGGCUAGGUACUUCGUCCUGGCCUUUUCUUCCACUCUCCCCUUUACAAAAGUCUGUGUUCCCCAGCGCGGGGCCCGGGCUAGGUGCUUAGCAAAGAUCCUUUUCUGCCGCACCUCUCUGUAGUGCCCAAAGGGCAACCACUAGGGGGCGAGCUGGCCCGGCGGAGCGCCGGCUGGACCCGCCUGCCCAGCCUCUCGCACCGCGCAGGGCGGGGCUCCUACGUCACGAGCGGCUCCUGCGCCUGCCCGAGCGCUACUGGAGCGAGGGGUGGGGCCUGGCCUCCGAGUGCGGGCGGAAAUGGCCGAGAGCCCUCGGGGCGGUUUGCGUAAGCGCUCCGUCGGCCGCGCAGAGAGGCGGAAGUCACCGAGAAGCGCCGGAAGUACCGGGCGGGAGCCCAUGCGCGUUCGCUGGAGGCCUGCGGCGCCAGUUGCCAUGGAGCCGGCCGGGCCGUGUGCCUUCUGCCCGGCCGGGGAGGCCCAGCCGGCGCGCUACACCUGCCCGCGCUGUAACGUGCCCUACUGCUCGCUGCGCUGCUACCGGGCGCACGGCGCCUGCGCCGAAGACUUCUACCGAGACCAGGUGCUGGGCGAGCUCCGCGGCCGCAGCGCCUCGCCCAGCCGCCUGGCCAGCGCCCUCCGCCGGCUGCGUCAGCAACGCGAGACCGAGGACGCGCCCGAGGACGCAGGCCUCAGGCCUGGCCCGGCGCCCGGCGGCCUCUCAGGACUCUGGGAACGGCUGACCCCGGCCGAGAAGGCGGCCUUCGAGCGGCUGCUGAGCCGGGGCGAGGCCGGGCGGCUGCUGCCCCCGUGGCGGCCGUGGUGGUGGGCGCGCGGGGCCACGCCGCGGCUUCUGGAGGAGCUGGACGAUGCCCCCGGCGGCGAGGCCCCGGGGUCGGAGCCCGACCCCGCCCGGACGCCGCCGGAACCCGGGAAGGAUGCCGCCGCCGCUGAGCCCGCAGCCGCCGAGCCGGUUCUCGGAGACGCCCCGGGGGCCGGCGCGCCCGCCGUGCCCACCCAGAUCCCCGCGCUGGCCAGCCUGAGCCGCGGCCGGGCCUCGCCGCUCGUGCGCUUCCAGCUGCCCAACGUGCUCUUCGCCUAUGCGCACACUCUCGCCCUGUAUCACGGCGGCGACGAGGCGCUGCUCUCCGACUUCUGUGCCACGCUGCUCGGCGUCUCCGGGGCCCUGGGCGCCCAGCAAGUUUUCGCCUCUGCCGAGGAAGCGCUCCAGGCCGCAGCGCACGUGCUGGAAGCAGGCGAGCAUCCGCCUGGGCCCCUGGGCACACGGGGUGCCAUGCGCGAGGUUGCCCGCCUCCUGCUGGGCGAGGGCCCGGCCAACCAGAAAGGCUACACACUGGCAGCAUUAGGGCAUCUCGCGCAGACCCUCGGCCGGGCCCGGAAACAUGCCGUGGCUACGGAAGAGCGAGAUCGCCUCUACCGGGCCCGGAAGAAGUGCCAGUUCCUGCUGGCUUGGACCAACGAAAAUGAGGUGGCCCUGACGCCCCUGGCUCUAGACUGCGCCAGGGCCCAUCGAGCCCAUGCCGUGGCCGCCGAGGAGGUGGCUGCCCUCACUGGGGAGCUGGAGCAGCUUUGGGGAGGCCCCCUGCCACCUGCCCCGAGGACUCUCAUUGAGGAGCUCCCUGGCUGAACAGGGGACCCUUUGUCAUUAAUAAAGCUGUGACUGGUCUGCCCUGUC